AUGCUGACAAUAUCUCCAGGCUGCGCGGUGCAACCGACACCUUGCGUGCAGAGGCAGACACCCAGACCAAGCACACCAGGCAGAGGUGUGCAAUUUGUUGCCUCCGUGGCUUGUUCUGCGUUAGCAUGGGCAAGGUGCAUCUCAAGCUGUGGCCGAGGUUCCCAUUUUAAGUGCGUAGCGAGACGUGCUACUAGGGAGGCACCUCCCCGUCCGCCAAGAGAAGAUCCAACACCUUUUCCUCGUGAACCGAUCUUUCCACCUGAACCAUUUCGUCUGCUGGAGCUUUUCAGCGCAGAUGAGCCAGAUGCGGAGGAUUUGAUCGAUGCCUUGGAAGACUUCCAGGAGUUGCACGAGACAGACAGGCAUUGGGGGCGAUUUCCAAGCCACGUUGCGGAUUGCGGGAAGAUUGCCUACAAUAAGGGCCAGCUUCAAAUCGUUCAAGGAAUCCUGCAAUGUAUGGAGCAGGAGACAAACGAUGAGUUGCGAACAGUCGCGCUGGAAGUGCUGCUGACAUUGAUGAUUGGAGGGUCUACACGGACUCGAUGCCCACCAACUCUCGUGCUGGAGGCCGGCGCUGUUGGUGUGCUGAGCCAGAUCGCAGAUCAGGAGGAUAUAACGGCUCUUGAGAUCCUUUUAGAACUGGCACGCAUGGCUCCGGACUUCAUGCUGCCAGACAUCAUAGAGCAAGGUGCUGCGAACUCAUGCCUUAAAGUCCUGGACAACUCUGGCGCUGCGCCGAUGGACCAGCUGACAGCACUGAACCUUCUCUUUUCGCUGACCAAGCGAGCUCCAGCACCUAUCGCAGCCAGUGGUGCCUAUGACAUUGUCAAGGGAGUGACAAACGUUGCUCUUAUACCAAGACGCAACAAGAUCAUGAAUUAUUUGCGACCACUGGUGGAGCACGAGGGUGACACACCUGCUCUCACCAACAUCAGGACUGCUGGGCGCAAAGUUGGAAAGCCGGCGUGA